AUGAAAAAAAAUAUAAAAGAAAAGAGUGAAAAAAGCGUGAGAAAGAAACAGAAGAGAGCUGGACAAUCGCUCCUCUUUCCUCGCCACCUACGCCUUUCACUAAACCUUGCUCCGAUCUACCUCUCCGGUGGUCGGUUUAUCUCACCGCCACCGGCAAAGCGAUCUCCUCCCCGUUCUCUUUCUUUUGAUUAUAGUUUUGUUGUUUCUCUUUCGGUCGGUGUUGCAUAG